AAACCGGCCGCUGCUCGCCCGACCUUCUGCGCCGGCCUCGCGCCCCCAGCCCGGCAGGGGCCUCGGCGCCCCUCAGUCCCCGCGACCCCGCGCGCUCGCUCGGGGGGCGGGGGACUCCGGGGUCCCCUGCCCCACGCCGCUGCCCCCUUCUUUCUCGGGCAGCCCCCCACCCCAGCCUCUCCCCCAUCCCGCCGCCGCCGCCUCUCCGCCCCCGUCCCCAUAUCGUGAAGCUCAGGCGGCGUGGGAGGGGGGGCCUCUCGAAUCGACAGGAUGUACCCCCAGGGAAGGCACCCGACCCCGCUUCAGUCCGGCCAGCCCUUCAAGUUCUCAAUCUUGGAGAUCUGCGACCGCAUCAAAGAAGAAUUCCAGUUUCUUCAGGCUCAGUACCACAGCCUCAAGCUGGAGUGUGAGAAGUUGGCCAGUGAGAAGACAGAAAUGCAGCGACAUUAUGUCAUGUACUAUGAAAUGUCCUACGGGCUCAACAUUGAAAUGCAUAAGCAGGCUGAGAUUGUGAAGCGCCUCAGUGGUAUCUGUGCUCAGAUUAUCCCCUUCCUGACGCAGGAGCACCAACAGCAGGUCCUGCAGGCCGUGGAGCGGGCCAAGCAGGUGACCGUGGGGGAGCUGAACAGCCUCAUCGGCCAGCAGCAGCUCCAGCCACUGUCGCACCACGCCCCCCCUGUGCCCCUCACCCCUCGCCCGGCUGGGCUGGUGGGCGGCAGUGCUACGGGGCUGCUGGCCCUGUCGGGAGCCCUGGCCGCCCAGGCUCAGCUGGCCGCGGUUGCCAAGGAGGACCGGACAGGCGUGGAGGCCGAGGGGUCCAGAGUGGAGAGAGCCCCGAGCAGGAGUGCAUCCCCCUCACCCCCAGAGAGUGUGGCGGAAGAGGAGCGACCCAGCGGCCCGGGUGGCAAUGGGAAGCAGAGAGCGGAGGAGAAGGAUCUGUCGGGACCUUAUGAGAGUGAUGAGGACAAGAGCGAUUACAACCUGGUGGUGGACGAGGACCAACCCUCCGAGCCCCCCAGCCCAGCAACCACCCCAUGUGGAAAGGCACCCAUCUGCAUCCCUGCCCGUCGGGACCUGGUGGACAGUCCAGCCUCCUUGGCCUCCAGCCUUGGCUCACCGCUCCCCAGAACCAAGGAGCUCGUCUUGAACGAUCUUCCUGCUGGCACCCCUGCCUCCAAGUCCUCAGACUCCUCCCCGCCCCAGGACGCGUCCACCCCUGGGCCCAGCUCCGCCAGUCACCUCCGCCAGCUCGCGGCCAAGCCAGCACCUUCCACGGACAGUAUUGCCCUGAGGAGUCCCCUGACCCUGUCCAGUCCCUUCACCACAUCCUUCAGCCUGGGCUCCCACAGCGCCCUUAAUGGGGACCUCUCUGUGCCCAGCUCCUACGUCAGCCUCCACCUGUCCCCCCAGGUCAGCGGCUCUGUGAUGUAUGGACGCUCCCCCAUGAUGGCAUUUGAGUCUCAUCCACAUCUCCGAGGGUCGUCCAUCUCUUCCUCCCUGCCCUCCAUCCCCGGGGGAAAGCCGGCGUACUCCUUCCAUGUGUCUGCGGACGGGCAGAUGCAGCCGGUGCCCUUCCCUUCUGACGCGCUGGUGGGCGCCGGCAUCCCGCGGCACGCGCGGCAGCUGCACACGCUGGCGCACGGCGAGGUGGUCUGCGCGGUCACCAUCAGCGGCACCACGCAGCAUGUGUACACGGGCGGCAAGGGCUGUGUGAAGGUGUGGGACGUGGGCCAGCCGGGCGCCAAGACGCCAGUAGCUCAGCUGGACUGCCUGAACCGGGACAACUACAUUCGUUCCUGCAAGCUGCUGCCAGACGGCCGGAGUCUGAUAGUGGGUGGUGAGGCCAGCACCUUGUCCAUCUGGGACCUGGCGGCCCCCACCCCUCGCAUCAAGGCGGAGCUGACCUCCUCGGCGCCCGCCUGCUACGCCCUGGCCGUCAGCCCCGACGCCAAGGUCUGCUUUUCCUGCUGCAGCGACGGCAACAUCGUGGUCUGGGACCUGCAGAACCAGACCAUGGUCAGGCAAUUCCAGGGCCACACGGAUGGGGCCAGCUGCAUCGACAUUUCUGAUUACGGCACUCGGCUCUGGACAGGGGGCCUGGACAACACCGUGCGCUGCUGGGACCUGCGGGAGGGCCGCCAGCUGCAGCAGCAUGACUUCAGCUCCCAGAUUUUUUCCCUGGGCCACUGCCCCAACCAGGACUGGCUGGCGGUUGGCAUGGAGAGCAGCAACGUGGAGAUCCUGCACGUCCGAAAGCCUGAGAAAUACCAGCUGCAUCUUCACGAGAGCUGUGUGCUCUCCCUCAAAUUUGCCUCCUGUGGGCGGUGGUUCGUGAGCACCGGCAAAGACAACCUGCUCAAUGCCUGGAGGACGCCGUACGGAGCCAGCAUCUUCCAGUCCAAGGAGUCAUCCUCCGUGCUGAGCUGUGACAUCUCCGGGAAUAACAAAUACAUCGUGACAGGCUCUGGGGACAAGAAGGCCACCGUGUAUGAGGUGGUCUACUGAGACACCACUCUUCCUGCACCCCUGGCCCAACUCCCGAGGGAGAGGCAUCCAGGACCGCCUCUCCAGUCCUACUCUGAGCACUAAAUCUCAUCUGCUCUCUGGCUGACCCCCUUACGUCCUCCCCUGCUGGAUGUGGGACCAGAUGUGCAGGGGGACUUUGGGGAAAUAAAUGUAUUUAUCACAACCGC